UUGACUUUCUGCGGGUUCAUUCUUAACUUGUGGAAUUUUGGAAAGUGAAAUUCUUGCAGUCAGUAUGUGUUUUAGUGUAAUACUGAAGAACUGCUUGGUAUUCAUCAAGGUCACUGUUGUUAGAAUUGUUUCUUGCAGUGCAUAGAUUACACCUAGUGUCGAGAACAAUGGGCAUGAAGUUCUUUUUUAAUUGACAACUGACUUUGUGGAAGAAGUCUAUCAAGUUUUAUUAAAAGUUGAUUUAGGAUGAUUUGAAUAAAGUUGAUUUAGGAUGAUUUGAAUUGAAGUUGCAUUUGCUGGUACACUAUCUUCCAGAAGCCGAUAGUUCAUUGUUUAAUUAAGUCACGAGAUCUAGUGACAAAUUCCAGUUGUAGCUUCCCUUCUUGUGUUUUUCAAAAGCUUGCUUCAAAGCAUUACUUCUCCAAGGGUUUUAGAAUUGUCUGAAGCUUGAAAUGAAAGCAUUUCUCCCUUGAGAAGAAAAGAAUAAAGAAAAGAAAUUCAUGUUUAACAUAUACUGAACCCCUGCAUGUCUUGAGUACUGGUAUAUAUUAGACACUCUUCACAUCCUUGGUUUUCACAAACACACACACACACACGCACGCACACACUCUCUCUUUCCAUAUAUUUCCUCCAUAAAAACCAUGUCUGCUAGAGGUGUAGGUGAUGAUGAUUGUGAUCAUCGAUCUCAGCAGGAAGUGAUGCGAUUAGGUCAGCUGCAAGUUGAAUCUCUUGGUAGGCUUGAAGCAUUACUAAAAGGACUCGUAGAAUCUCAAACUAGAAUAGUAGAAUCUCAAGAAAAUAAUCAACAGCAAGUGUUGGAUAUUUUAAGAAGCAACAAUAAUUACAAAAAUAAAGUUGGCCAGAACCCAUCAUCUGAUCAAUAUAAACAGCAAGAUUAUGUAUCUUUGUCUGAAUUUGUUCAAUUUGGUGUAUUUAUUGGAUGCCUAAUGUCGCAUCACAACAUUAUCGACACCAGAGAUCACAGCAGUAGUAACACUGGUAAACAAGGGAUCACAGAAGUGCCUGCUGUUUAUGAUGAACAAAAGAAGCCACCAAAAGUUGUGGAUGAUCAGGUGGCGAUUUUGGUUGAUAAUGAAAUCACUGACGAACUUUUCGUCUCAGUAAAAACAAGUGACUGGGAAAGGGCUGAAAAGGUUCUUACUGAGAAUCCUGAAGCAAUAGAACUUGGGAUCACAUAUGACUCAUCUACCAUAUUGCAUUUAGCUAUUUACCAUAAAGCAGAGGUGAAUUUUGUGAAGCAGAUUGUGGAACUCAUGCCUAAAAAGGUGCUCGAGUAUAAAACAAGUGAGAAUGGUUUCACAGCGCUCCAUAUGGCAGCGAGGUAUGGAUAUACUGAAGGUGCUACCAUAAUGCUAAAUAAGAACCCUGGAUUGACUCAGAUACGAGAUAAUAAAGGAAUGAUACCUUUAGAAGUUGCUCUCCGUCAUGUUACGAUUGGACAGAAGAAGAUAGUUGUCUUUACUCUAAAACUAGAGAUAUGGAACCAAGUCCGUUCUUGGGUCAUGAUGGUGCCAGGUUAUUAUGCAGUGCAAUUGAUGCCAAUUUUUAUGGUAUGGCGUUAUCUCUAGUCAGACGGUUUCCAAAAUUGGUUAUGGAGAAAUCACUAGUACAUGAUAUGUGUGGAUUAGAGUUGUUGGUUCGAAGGCCGUUCUCAUUUCGAAGUGGCGCUAAGCUGACAUGGUGGCGGCAAUGCAUUUAUUCAUGUUAGUUGGUCAUCUCCAGAACAUAAUGUUUAAGAUGAGCAGUAAUUAUCUAAAAAGUUACUCAAGAAACUAUUAUAUGUAGUUUCUCUUAUGCUAGAUCAGUUCUUUUCUUGUUUUUAUCUCGACUGGAUAUUCAUCUAUUCAAAUAGAUUGUUCAUAUAGCAAUUCAUGUGGAUAUAGAUUCUACAUAUGAAAGAGACGAAGACAACCCUUCAGAGGAUUCAUCUGAAGGCACCGAAGGAGAUGAAGGGAACCCUGCAGCAGUUGAAGAAAGUCUUCUCGAAAACUCAGAAGACAGGGAAGUAGUUGAAGAAAGCCUUUCCGAAAACUCAAAAGAAUCCUCAACAAGCGAUACAGGAGCAAUGGCCAUAUACCUCA